AUGUCAAGCAAAAAAAAGGAACAACUAGAGCGUUUCCUUAAACGAUCGUUAUCCGAUUCAAACGUUACAAGUCGUGUAUCGCCAAAUCCUGGUCCAUCUAUUGAUCUUCAAAGAACCGAAAAGGUUGAAGAACAAAGUUUAUCAAUUAAAGAAGAAAAUGAUAUUUCCGUUCCUUCAGCUGCCCCCGAAAAGGUACCAGAAAAAGUUACUGGUGUAGUUGUUACUGCUACUGGCGAGUGGUUUAUUAGAGUAAAGUGGAGAGGAAUUGAUGAAAUUGAGGUAAUUCCAUCUGAAGAGGCUUAUGUAGUGUGCCCACAAGCUCUGAUUGACUUUUUAGAAGGAUAA